AUGGAUGAGCAAACCAAUGAUCAGGUUCAAGAAGUUCGUCAAGACGUUGAAGGAUUGAAAGAUCAAUUGGCUAAGAUCUUAGAAUUGCUCACUACUGGAAGAGGAAAGAGUGUUGCGGGGAUUUCAUCACAAGUGGAAGUAGAUCUGAACCAGGUGCAAGAAGACAUGCCUGCAUACCCUCCAGGUUUUACUCCGCAAAGGUCGUCUAGUCCUCGCAUGACUUAUCUUACACAAAAUCCUAAUCCGAUCACCCAACAGGAAAACCAUGUGAGCAAUCCAAUGUCUACUCCGAUUACAGAAAGUGGUAAGAAAAUUUUAGAAGAGCAGGGUAGUAGAAAAAGACUGGAAUUUCUAGAAGAAAGAUCACGCGCCAUUGAAGGUGCAGACAUGUAUGGGAGUAUCGACGCAACACAACUAUGUUUGAUAUCAGAUGUGGUGAUCCCUUCCAAAUUCAAGACUCCAGAUUUUGAGAAGUACAAUGGAACCACGUGUCCAAAAAGUCAUCUAGUUAUGUACUGUCGGAAAAUGUCAGCUUACGCUCAUGAUGAUAAAUUGUUGAUUUAUUGCUUCCAAGACAUCUUAGUCAGCCCGGCUUCUUGCUAG